CGCCGCCGCUAUGGCUGGGGCCGGGCUCUGGACGAGCAUCAAGUCCCUGCUCGGGAGGAGAGAGGACCCUCUGUUCCUGAACGACUCCAGUGCCUUUGACUUCUCGGACGAGGUGGGGGAUGAGGACUUCCCCAGGUUUAACAAGCUGCGCGUGGUGGUGGCGGACGACGGCUCGGAGGCGGCCCCGGAGACGCCGGUGAACGGGGCGUCCCCGGGGCUACCGUCCGACGACGAGUCCCUGCUGGACCGGGACAUCGCCCUGCGCAGCGCCCGGGCCGGCCGGCCGGACCCCUGCAGCGGCUGCAGCAGCCGGCGGGAGCGCUCCAAGCAGAGGAAGGUGAAGAAGCGCCUGACGCUCGCUGCCCUGCUCUACCUCCUCUUCAUGACGGGGGAGCUCAUAGGUGGCUAUGUUGCUAACAGUCUAGCAAUUAUGACAGAUGCACUUCACAUGCUGACUGACCUUAGUGGUAUUAUUUUGACCCUCCUCGCUCUCUGGCUGUCUGCAAAAUCUCCAACAAAGAGGUUCACUUUUGGAUUUCAUCGCUUAGAAGUACUGUCAGCCAUCAUUAGUGUACUGCUGGUCUAUAUCCUUAUGGCAUUCCUCUUGUAUGAGGCUGUUCAGAGAACUAUCCAUAUGGACUAUGAAAUAAAUGGUGAUAUCAUGCUCAUCACAGCAGCCGUCGGUGUUGCAGUUAACUUGAUAAUGGGGUUUUUGCUGAAUCAGUCUGGCCACCUUCACUCCCACUCCCACCCUCACUCUCAUGUACCUCAGCCGAGCUCUCCAAGCACAGCCCAGGCCAGCAGCCACGGGCACAGCAGCCACGGGCACAGCAGCCUGGCUGUGAGAGCAGCGUUUGUGCACGCCCUGGGGGACCUGGUACAGAGCAUCGGGGUGCUGGUAGCUGCCUACAUCAUCCGCUUUAAGCCAGAAUACAAGAUUGCUGAUCCUAUAUGUACAUAUGUAUUUUCCAUACUGGUGAUUUUUACAACAAUUCGAAUUCUGUGUGACACAGGAGUUAUUAUUCUGGAAGGAGUUCCAAGGCAUUUAAAUGUGGAUCGCAUCAAGGAAGACUUGAUGAAAAUUGAGGAUGUUUAUUCUAUAGAAGAUUUAAAUGUUUGGUCUCUCACUGCAGGAAAAACAACUGCCAUAGUCCACUUGCAACUAGUUCCUGGUAGUUCAUCUAAAUGGGAGGAUGUUCAGUCCAAGGCCCGGCAGCUGCUGCUGAACACGUUUGGAAUGUACAAGUGCUCUGUCCAGCUUCAGAGUUACAAACAGGAAAUGAGCAAAACCUGUGCAAGUUGUCAGAGUUCCAGUGCCUAAUUUCUUACGUUUUGGGAACUGCUGCCUUAUUCUUUACCUUGUGUAGUCAAAGACUGAGAGCAAUAAAUGCAAAAUGAAAAUUA